AUAAAGACAUUGUCCACGACACUUUUGAAAAAGUUAUAGUAAGCAGAGUUGUUAGAGAAGACAGUCAGUCUGAGGUAUUAGAGGCAAUGAAAAAUUAUAUGGCCAAAGGUGCAUUGCAGAAUGAGAGUCUGGCUAAUACAUCUGAGCAGAUACAGGAGCCUCCACUUGAAGAGUUGAAAGUAGCUAGAGAGACAUCCCCUACAUCAUUAGCACCAGGGAAAAACAUGUCUGGAAUGGUCUCACAUCUUACUGGUGAUCUUGACCAGUACCUAGAAAAACAUAUCAACUGUUUCUGAUCAUUCUGAAGAUCAAGGUGUUGUAGAGGAAACAUUUGAAGAGGUUGUGUUCAAAAGAGUAAUCAGCACAGACAACCAAGAAUCAGAGACAUGGACGUUUGAGAAACCAGAGGGGAAUGUAGAGGUAUCACCAUUAGAUGAGCUUGAUCACAGUUCUCCAGAAGAUGAUUUUGGUCAUAGUUUACCAAAAGAUGAGCUUGCCUAUACUUUAUCGAGAGAGGAAUGGGGACAGGAUGAUAGUCAGUCAUUAGCUUCAGAGGCAAUGACAAGUGAUGUGGUUGAGGGCACACUGGAGAGUGAGAGUCUACCUGAUGCAUCAGAUCAGAUACAAGAACCUCUGUUCCAAGAAAUAAUAGACCCUAGAAAGACAUCCCCCACAUCAUCAGCAUCAGUAAAAGACAUGUCUGGAAUGGUCUCACAUCUUACUGGAGACCUCGAGGGGUAUCUAGAUAAAACUCCUGCUGUGUAUGAUUAUUCUACAGAUCAGAUUGGAGAACCUCUGCACCAAGAAAUAAGAAUAACUAGAAAGACAUCGCCCACAUCAUCAGAAUCAGUAAAAGACAUGUCUGGAAUGGUCUCACAUCUUACUGGAGACCUAGAGGGGUAUCUAGAUAAAACUCCUGCUGUAUCUGAUUAUUCUACAUAUGAAGAUGUUGUCCAGGAGAGAUUUGAAGAGGUUAUGUUAAGAAAGGUUGUGGAUGUAGAUGAUAAACCUUCAGACACAUUUCAGAGUGGGAAGUUGGAAAGCAGUUUAGAAACAUCACCAAUGGAUGAAUUUGAUUCCAGUUCUCCUAAAGAGGAACUUGACCAUCGUUUACCAAAAGAUGAGCUUGACCAUAGUCCACCUAAAGUUGAGUGGGGGCAGGAUGAUAGUCAGUCAUUAGCUUCAGAGGCAGUGACAAGUGAUGUGGUUGAGGGCACAUCGGAUAGUCAGAGGCUGCCUGAUGCAUCAGAUCAGAUACAAGAACCUCUGCUCCAAGAAAUAAUAGAACCUAGAAAGACAUCCCCCACAUCAUCAGCAUCAGUGAAAGACAUGUCUGGAUUGGUCUCGCAUCUUACUGGAGACCUAGAGGGGUAUCUAGAUAAAACUCCUGCUAUGUCUGGUUAUUAUACAUAUGAAGAUGUUGUCCAGGAGAGAUUUGAAGAGAUUACGUUAAGAAAGGUUGUCGAUGUAGGUGAUAAACAUUCAGAUGCAUUUCAGAGUGGGAAAUCAGAAAGUACCUUAGAAGCAUCACCAAAAGAUGAGCUUCUUCAUAGUUCUUCAAAGAAAUGGAUUGCUUGUAGUCCAGAACAGCCAGAGGAACCUCUACUAGAAGGGUUUGCAAUUGUUAGAAAGGCAUCCCUUACUCCAUCAGCACCAGUGAUGGAUAUGUCUAGCAUGGUAUCACAUCUUUCUGGAGACCUGGAUCAGUACUUAGAGAAAAUGCCAAUUCUGAAUCAGUCUGCAAGUCAGGGCAUUUUUGCUCAAUCACAGGAAACUCCCUUCCACGAAGUUAAAAUUGGUCAAAGAAUUUCCCAGUCAAAAGCUUCAGUGAAGGACUUAUCUGGCAUGGUCUCACAUCUAAGUGGAGAACUAGAGCAGUACCUAGAGGAGAUGCCUGUUGUAUCUGAUCAUUUGUUAAGUCAGGUGAUUGUGCAGGAAAGAUUUGAGGAGGUUGUUCUAAAAAGAACCAUUGUUAAUGAGAAAGAAUCUGAGGUAUCAGUAACAGUUCAACAUGAGAAACCAGAGAUAAGGGCACAGGCCAUUUAUGAUGAAGAAGGAGUGAGUAAUUAUGGACAGUUCAAUAUUUUAGCUCCAACACUGAGUCAAGAUCAGACGUCAUUUGAGGAUAUGCAGAUUAGCCCAGACAGGAGACCCUCUGAGGACUUUAGUGCUGACAUCAAAGCAGAACUUGAAGUCAACCCCGAGUACAAACGCUAUAGGCAGACAUCUCCCGUAGUGGACAACUUUACAUUUUGUACAGGGAUUAAUACUUUACAGAUUGAAUACCAAAGAGAAAGCAGUAAUGAGGCAGAAUUUGACAUGCAUGUAUCCUCCAAGUUGGAUGAGGAGAGCCCAAUAGCCAUUUCAAAUGAGUUUCAAAGCAAGGAUCUUGAUGAUAGUCCUGAGAUUGAUGGAGUUGAAGAUGACGUUGGCUCCAAUUCAUCAAGAGAUAUCCUUCACUCAUGUGCAGAUGAGGAGCAAGAACAUGAAGGUUAUCCUGAACUUCCCCCACCAAUCCCCAGCAUCCAGGAGGAUAAUGCUGUUCACAGUCAUUCCAAAACCCCUACAACGUGUGAUCCUGUGACUGGAAAACUAAGUGGCCCCUCUUUCCAAGCACAGUCUAAGGUAUCCAUGCAAGACGAGCAGAAAACCGUAAGCUCUGAAACAGAGGGAAUAUAUACCCCUCUCAGACCUUCAAACAUAGAAACUUUGAGGUCUGUAGUUAUGGAUGAUGUUGUCAAUGUAUGUCGUAGGGACUCAUUAGAGAUCACUCCUGUCAAAGAGGAUGGCUCCUCACAUAAAUCACCUGACUCAAUCGAGCCAAGUCCAACCAAAGACUCUCCCUGUCCAGAUUCCUUAGAGGGAAGCCCCACAGGAUUGAGGGCAGAGCUUUUUUCAGAACCAAAACAAGUUGCUCAGUUUCCAGACAGUCUUGGGUCAGGGACUGUAGUUGACUUUCAAAGAGAAGUUGAUUUUGAAAGAGCCUAUUCCUCUGAAGAUUGUGAUUUUGAAUUUAACAUUUCAUCUCACACACAGUGCCUUCCAAUGCCCACAAAGCCAUCUGAUCCAGACAAUGUGGACAUAGAUAUGGAUGAAACUAAUUUAGAGACAGAUCAGAAGCAGCUUACUCCAGAAGAGAAAAUGUUUAAAAUGGCAGCCAAGAUCAAAACAUUUGACGAAAUGGAGAAGGAAAAUAAAACUAAGAAGGAGGUCAGGUUUGCUCUAGAGGAGUCAGAGGAUGACAAGAACCUGUCACAAGCUCAAUAUGACUGGGUGGCAGAGAGAGCAGAUCCCAAAGAUUCUGGUUCUGAUUUGACAGCUGACUCCAUCCCAGUGUUGCCAUUAUCUCCUAAACCAGAAAGCCAUAGCUCACAAGAGGUUGAACUACCUCAAGAUGUCUUAAAGGAAGAUUUACCUGGGACCUCAAACCAAGAAGAAGAUGCCUUUAAAAACAGUGAGGACUAUACUAAGGACGCAAAGGAUUUUGUAUCUAUGCAAACAGCUUUGGAUGUGUGUGGGGAGGAUUAUUCAGAUCUGUCGAAGUGCCUUAUCUCAACUGAAGAGACAGGAAAGGAAGGCAUGCCCAGCUACUCAACCCCUGACGAUAAUACCUUAUCUGUUGUCUUAGAUGAUACUGAUGGAGCUCAUUUGAUACCAUCUGUAAAACAAGAUGAUCACUCUGCUGACCCCCCAGUCUGUCCACCAGCUGUGACACAGGAUCUUCAUGUAACUGACAUGGAAAUAAGCACUCAGGAGGGAGAUGCAAGUCAUCAGGAUAUACAGGAUGCUGAAUAUGAAGCCCUUUCCCCUGUAGAUGUUCAUGGAGAUCUGGUCCCAUGGAGUGCCGAUUUAGAAGAUGAUGAAAAUUUUAAGGCACCUGUGGAAGCUGAAGAAAGACAGGUUUUUGGUCUUACCUUGGAAGAGCUGCCCCAAAGGCAAACACCAGAUACCACACCAGGACGAACACCAACAGAAGAGGGAACUCCAAAUCCUUUCCUUUUCCAAGAGGGAAAGCUUUUUGAGAUGACCAGAGGUGGUGCUAUUGACAUGACAAAGAGAAGCUUGGAAGAGGAGAUGGAAGAAAGAGCCUUUUUCCCAAUAAACGAGGAUCCUGUAGAUGAGGAGCCAGAAAGAGGGGACAGGGACGCCAGAAAAGACUCUAAAAUGGACAUUAUAGACUCAGCAUUAAAAGACCAAACAAAUGAAGAGUUUGAUUCCUCACCACAGUCCUCCAACUCCCCAGCUGUCCCUCUGGCUGACUCUGGUACCCCCAUCUUUCCACGCCAAGAGAGUGAUUCUUCCGACACAUCAGACCCUACUAUAAUGGAUGUAGACUCAGCUAUCUCCACUGUCAGACGGUCUGUGUACUCAGAUCAGGAUCUUGAAUCCUCGGACUCAUCCAACGAGGAUGAGCCACAAUCAGUUAUUGAAAUUGCCUCCCCAACCUAUGACGAGCCAGGUCAUGCCAGUGUCACUGAGAUGACUAAACCCACUGCAUCUGAAAUCUCAGUUUCCCCUCAUGAUAAUAUCUCUGUGUUUUCAGUAGAAAUUAAAACCAAGUCAAAAAUUCCUGUGAAAGCAGGUUCUCUGAAAUCAGACAUUAGCUCUGCAAAAAAAUCUGCCACUUCUCUAUCUUCGGAUCAUCGUUCAAAGUCUGAAGCUGCUGAUGUACAGGAUCUUUCAUCUACCAUUAAUGCUCGUAGUUUUUCAGAGAGUGGUCCGUCCUUGACCAAACCAAAGAUCUCUAGCUCAAGACUCCCAGUCAAAAGUAAACACAGACAUUCACAUCCUUCAUCUAUCAAUGAAAAAGUCAGUAUCUCACAAGAACACACUGGUACGUCUCAUCACCCCAGUAAGACUCCUUGCGUGAAGGACAACUCAGACUUGACUGGCUCUGGAGACCUCAAGCCGAAUGAGAGAGCCUCUCUUGAUCCAGACACAGAGAGUAGACUUGUUGCAGGGGUGCCUUCCUCCGUUACAGAUGAUGUCUUUGAGUCAAGGCCCCACUGGGACACUUGUGUGGAGACUCAGAUGCAGCACAUCUCUGACAGCACUACCCCAGAACAAUGUCAAGUGGACUGGCAGGAUGAUGCAGACAGGAAGGAGGAAACACUGGCUAUAGUUUCCGACCUCCUUGGGUUUAGUUGGACUGAGUUGGCGAAAGAGCUGGAGUUCAAUGAGGAUGAGAUUCAGCUGGUGCGAUCAGAAAACCCCAACUCCUUGCAGGAGCAAAGUCAGGCACUGCUGCAGCGCUGGGUGGAACGGGAGGCGAAGCAUGCCACUGAGAAUUGCUUGAUCAAGAGGCUCACUGCCAUAAAUCGCAUGGAUAUAGUCCACCUUCUUGAGACACAGAUGAACAAGUCAGUCCAGGAACAGACCUCAAGGACCUAUGCAGAAAUUGAGAAAACACUGGAUCACAGUGAAGCUCUCUCCUCAGUUCAGGAAGAUGUAGACAGUCCUCGUCUGGUAAGAAGGGUGGAAUCCUCCCAGCGGCAGCCUCCUGCAGUCUCAGAGGAAGACCUGUCUGUGGCCUCUCUCUUGGACGUCCCAUCCUGGUCGGAAGCACUAGGGCAUACCCAUUCUGAAAGCAUGCAUGGAGAUCUCUUAGAAGAACUCGACAUUACACAGGACUUUAUCACUAACCCAUGGGCUGCUCGAGAGAUAAGGGCUGGGUCAUCAAAUGAGGGCCUUGACAGACAAGCAGAUGAGUUCCCAGAACUAUCUCCAGAGACCACAUCAGAGGAGCAGUAUGUGGAUGAGCAUGGGAAUAUGGUGGUUAAGAAGGUUACCAGGAAGAUAAUCAAGCGCUGCAUAUCUGAUGGAGUUGAGAGGGAGGAUGUGAUGAAUGAAGGAACAACACAUGGCUCUGUAAGAGUGAGAGAAGGGGACGGCUACUCCAAAGUGAUCAAGAGGACAGUCCUGAGGAGUGAAGGGGACCAGACAGAGGUGACAUUUUGUGAGAUGCCAAGUGCAUCUGCCCGUGGAGCGGAGGAGGAGGAGGAAAGUCGGGAGGUCAGCCAGGUGGUCCAGACAUCGCUCGUGCAGGGGGAGAGGAUGGAGACGCAUCAUGGAGACCCCGCACUCGCCUCCGAUCUCCCUUCCCCUCAAGAUGACUUCAGUGAGGCCAUGAGGUAUAUGGGGCUCUCAAAGAAAGGUCAUGUUCCCCGGAUUAUAGAGCAGCACAUUGUGAAGGAGGAUGGAACUGUGAUCAGGAGGAACCGCAUGCGUAAGGCGCACACACAGAGACGGACCCUGGUGAAGGAUGCUGAGGGUCGGAGGAGGGUCACCGUCGAACGGGUGGAUGGCAGAGCUCCUAACCCCUGCCUUCACACCUGUCACCCCGGCAACGUCCAGCGGCAUUUUCACCAUCUCAUUCACCAAAACUGUGCAGAGAGCAAGAGGCCGGAAGACCAGGAGGAGUGAAGGGCCUCCGCUCUUUCUUGCCUUGCUCAUUCCCCGAUUUUCCCCCGACCCAAGAUGUGGCCCCGCCCAAACAUGCCAAUACGCUAUGCACCGCGCUCUGCCAUCUCAGAAAACACGUGUCUAACAGUCUUCCUGUUCACACACGGGAUAGGUCUUGGUUGGCUUGAGUUCACAGGCAGAGGGUUUACGUUUUCCUCUUAUUUUUUGUAGCUUGUUUUUUUUUCUUAGUCUUUAUUUUCACUUGGAUAGAUUUUUUUCCUUGAAAUUCUUCCGUGUACACUUUUAAAUGACUGUACUUUUUUGCUGUUUUGUGACCAAAGAAUUUCCUUUUUGAUUUUCCUUGUUGUUGUUGUUAUUAUUUACCCUGAUUUUAUGUCUUGACAGUGUUGUUGAGCUUUUAGGAAAAGUCUAGAAGGCAUUUUCCUCAACACCCACCUCAGAUGGACACUAACCAAUAGUUCUACUCAUAACAAACCGGCUUUGGUUCAGCAAUGUGUUUACUGCAGUGCUCUAUCAUAAUCAUGGUACUUAGAUAUCAUUAAAUGAAAUCUAACCUUAUCAUUCAUUACAUGACCAAUUGUUCUUCAAGGAUAAAGGUUACAGCUCUCAAAUGAAUACAAAUCUUCUUGACACUUCAUUUGACAUGAUCUUAUGAGAAAAUCAACAGGAUUUGACAGUACUUAUCAUAGUGGGUCAUGUCUGUCUCAGAUAACCCAGACGUAACAUCAAAUGCUGUGUUUUCCCCCACUUGAACAUCUGGGCCACCGUACACAGACCUUACUCUUUAUGAUAACCUGUAUGUACACUGUAUCUCAAUGAUCAUGUGAAGUAAAGGGUUAAAGUCAUCUGUUAUUAAUACAGAUGCUGCUAUCUGCUGUCGGAGUGUUCUGUGUAUGUGUUACCUGUCUUUGAAAGUAUAUACAAUGUGCAUUUUUAGAGAAAAAAUGACAGUAGUCCACAUUAGCUACAUAUAAGGAUUAUAGCAGGCAUGACUAGUUAGCAUCUGUCACUUACUAUUUGCAAAAUCAAUUUCAAAUUCUGAAUCUACCUGCAUUUCCCCUGUCUUCCCUGUCAGAUACCUGAGCAGCACGAGGUGUUUACUGUUUUUUCCCCCUCUGUCUGUCUGUGCUUUGAAAUGCACUAGCACCAUGUCCUUCCCUAUCUGAUGAAAUCAGUACUUUUGCCUUCGUUCUCUUUGUGUAGCCUUUGUGUAAGAGUGAUUGAACAAGUUAAUGGAAACUCCAAACAACAACUUCAAUCAGGCGCUGCUUACAUUUGAAAAAACAAAACAAAAAAAGUGUUAUUUUAUGUGAUGUCUCCAUAAUUUAUCCUCUCACUCUCCCCUGUUACCAAGGAGUGCUGAUUGUACCCCCACAGAUGUAGCAGUCUACCCAAGUCAUUUAAAAACUCACAUGUAUUAACUAAUUAUACUUGAGAGAUGUUUUAGACUAAACCAAAAGGCUAGCAAAGGAACGUGAAUCUUGGGUGUCAGGACUAAUGUGAAAGAGGACGAGUAAGUGGCUGAGGGCAGUUCAGAGUGUAACAGAUUGUAUGGGUGUGUACAGGUCUGUGUUGUGACGGUUUGCCUGAUAUGGGUCUUAUUUACAGUAUAGCAGCUUGGUGCAUCAGAAAACAUUGUUGUAGUUUAACCCUUUUAAGCCCUUUUUGGAAAGUGGAGAGCAUUUGUGUAUGGUUUCAUGUCUCUUUGAUGUGACCUGCUCC